UUUGUCCAUUUUUUUUAGCUCACUUUCUGGAGAUUACUUUGUACUGCCUUCCCGAUCUGCAGUCACCACUCAUCAACAGAUGGGAGUUUUGUUGGUUCGCCAGAUGAUGGAAAAAAUGGUGGUUGGUAUCCAAGGACAUGCAGUCCUAUGUUCUCCAUCCAGUCCACACUUCGUUCGUUCUAUUUUUUGAUUGGGUUUUCAACUUGAUUUGAGUGGCUCCAUUUCAGGGUUUUGGACCUUGCUUUGUGUUAAGAGGAGCUGUCAUGAUCUUCCAUUUGUUAUACUCUCUCAUCGGGAUGAGGUUAUACACAUAUGUUAAUCUAGCUGGUGAAGAUACGAGCAAGACGGAUUGCGCUAUGGGUAGUGGAUAGCAACGUUUUAAUGUAAUGGCAUUUAGAACCCUAUCAUCACAGAGUUCAGAGACUCUGUCCCGGUUUUAUAACAGAUUCUGAUAGUGUGUCCAGCAAACAUUUCUGAUCUUUCUGGAAUGUAAAUAAAAAACCUAAAAAAUAAUAAUAAAGUAAAUCGGAUAAAAUAUUAUUACAUGGCUAUUGUUGUCAAAUGUAGCCUAAAUCAGUGUUUCUUGAUUUGGGAAAGAUGUUAUUGUGAAACAUAAUUAGCCUUUUGCUAAUUGUUGUUAUAAUUUGUGAAUGAAAAAUGGCUUUAUUUCGAGCAGCCCUGCUUUUCCCCCCCAUUGUUUUCCAGUUUCUAGGGCACAGUGGUAGGGUUAACAUUUAAAAAAAAAAAAAAAAAAUUGCAGAUGGAGUAAUUACAUUGAUAAUAAUAUUGGGGACAAUACUGUUUAAUUUACUGGUAGUAUGCUUUUCAGUGAGGUUGGUAAUUUAGAGGAAAUGCAUAGGGGACUCUGAGGUUAAAAACCGUGACUACAGCUUCCUAUUGUCUAGAACUAGCACUGUGACCAUGUUUAAAAGGUCAAAAUAAGAAUAAUUGCUAAGGCAUAAGCUGUCAAAGCAUUCUAUAGUGGGUGGCCUUUGACUUUUGACCAUAUCAUUUACUGUUCUUUAAGAGUAAUGCCGUGGGUGGGGGAGCUCAAGUAAGUUUUGAGUAGAAAGUCUUGCCUAAGAAUAAAUGAGUCAUGAGCCAUCUUAUCUCUUCUGUUGGAAUUUCUGCAGUGCAUCCAGACAAGCUAACUUGCAAAUGGCAGGAAGUCUCACCUCAUCUUCCCCCUGUACAUCUGAAAAAAAAAAAAAAAACUCACUCAUGCACAUACUCAUACAGGCCACGUUUUACAGGAAAUUUGCUCGAGCUAGGGUUCAAGAAAAACAGCAAGUUGAAAUGCCCUUGUCUCACUUGAAUGUAUGCCUAGGACUCCAAAGAACACCAGAGAGGACAACAGCUUAUUUCCAUUAUGGAGCAAACUGGAACCACAGAAAGAAUGACCACUAUGGACACCACUAUGAACUUUAAUAGCACUGAUAAUUAUUACGAUUACAUAGAGCCUUGCUCUCAUGAGUCUGCGUUGAACCUGACGUUCAUGGUUACCAUCUUCUACCUGGUAUUUGCCCUUGGACUUCUGGGUAAUGGUAUGAUUUUGUGGAUGUUGCUGAAGAUCAUGCGCAUAAAAACCAUGACAGAUGUGUGCCUGCUAAACCUGGCAAUUUCUGACCUGAUCACCGUGCUCUCACUGCCUUUGUGGGCGAUUUACUUCCAGAAGAAUUUACUUAAUUCUAAUUCCAUGUGCAAACUCAUGGUUGGUACCUAUCAACUGGGCUUCUACAGUGGCAUACUUUUUGUGAUGCUGAUGAGCCUUGACCGCUACAUGGCCAUUGUCCACGCAGUGGCAUCUUUAGGAGCACGGACUUUGCGUUACGCCAUUACUGCUAGCCUUGUCAUCUGGACCAUCUCUUUCUCCGCUGCACUCCCAGGGGCCCUUUUCCACAACAUGAUCAAAGAUGUGGAUAACAACACACAGUGUGAUUGGGAUGUCAAAGAUGGAUCAGUCAGGACGUGGAAGCUGUUCCUUAAUUUUAGCCAAAAUACAGUAGGGCUCUUUGUCUCACUGCCUGUCACAAUCUACUGCUAUGUCAGGAUCCUCCUAGUGCUAAGGAGAACAAAGAACUCCAAGCGAGGACGAGCCAUGAAGUUAAUUUUCGCCAUUGUUGCCGUCUUCGUGGUCUUCUGGGUACCAUACAACAUAGCCGUAUUUCUGAAGACCCUGCAGGACUUGGAAAUUGGUGAUACGUGUCAGAGCAAUCAACAGGUAUCUAUUGCCCUGAGUGUGACUGAGACCAUUGCAUUAACCCACUGUUGUGUAAAUCCUGUGAUCUAUGCUUUUGUUGGAGAAAAAUUCAGGAAAUGUCUGGCCAGAGAGUUUUCAAAAUGGCUACUUUGUGCAAAGUUUUACAAACCAGCAUCGACGUAUUCGAAAACCUCAGAAAAUGAGACAUCCAACACACCUGUAUAAGAAAACUGUUUUUAUAAUAUCUAUGUAUAUAUAUGUAUGUAUUUGUGUAAAUGCCAGAGGAUAUAGAAUCAGAGGUGACUUGAAUUAAACUGUACAUACUUCUUUUAUCUACAGUAAAUCAGUUAGUAUAUUAGGGUAGUAUUGCCGACUCACAACUCCAGAGUGCCUGGUUCAAUCCUGAGCUUUGGCUGCUGUCUGUGUUUUUUGUUCUUUCAAUAUCUUCCUGAGUUCUUUGUUUUCCGCCAGCCUUCCAAACCCACACUGGUACGUGCCCUGAGCUGGACUGCUGUCCCAUUAAGGGUGUAUUCCCGCCCUGCUCCCAGCCUUCCCAGAAAUCACUCCAGAUCCACUGCAAAUACAACUAGAAUAAAACAGUUACUAAAGAAUGUUCCAAUGUUUGCAAAUAUUAGGUCUUACUACAUUAGUAUUAUAUUAUAUUUAUUAUAUUAAUAAUACCAGAGUCAUAGGAAUACUAAAACGUGAUGGUAAUUUUGUUUGAUUUAGUUCUUAAGAAGAUAUAGAAGCUAUAAGACCUAAGACCCCUUAGUUUUCCCUAAGACAAUUCUUGUGAAUUAUGAGAUAAUGAUGAAUACCCCAUACCAAAUAGAACAUUACAGAUAUUCUGUCAAAAACAGAAUCAUCCACUAAAUUUAAGUUCUAUAAACAUAAUGUACCACAUUGAGGGUUCAAGUUUCAGUGACUCCUUCAUUAUCUGGUUGAAUGAUGGUUUAUAUAUUAAUUAUGUAUAUGACCAAUAUUAACUGUCCUGUGCAUUAUUACAAGCCCUAUUAAAAACCUCUUAAUUGCCCAGUUCAUAGUACAUAAUUGCAUCAUUGCAGUCAUGUUUUUAAAAAAAUUUUUAUUCAAAUGUGCACAGUUUAACCCCUCCUUAAAUCAAGCCACAAAGCCAAAUGUUUUGAAAGACUUGCUGUAGCGCACGCAACUGUGAGAGCCGGAUUUCCUGCAUAUGACUCUUUGUUCUUACAAGAAAACCUCGGUAGCAUGCGUGUAACAAAUGACUGAAGGACGAAGCUUGAAAGUGUCAAACAUAACAAGAAGGCGCAUGUUGUAAUAUGCAUAAAUGUAUGUUAUGGUCUAUUAUUAUAACAAUCAAAGUAAUGAAGCUUUGUCAGUUUUGCAAAUUGUACACCACUGCAGGGGGGGGGGUUCUUUGAUAUGUUCUAAGCAGAGCUGGCCUUAGGGUUUGUGAGGCGCUAAGCAAGAUCAUGACCAUGGGCUCUAAACCCACAAUUAUACAGUCAACCAAUUCAUAGUACAACAUGACCCAGUUUCUUUCUUUGGUUAAAGUGAGCACUCCAAAGAAAGGACAUUUUUUGUGUGGCUUUGAGUUGGGGCAGACCUUUGUAUAAAAGUGCAUAUGAUUUAAUAUAACUAUCAAGAAUGCGAAUUCAAUUGGGGGAAAAAAAAGUGUGCAUUUAGAGCGAAAUGAAAUAAUUAAAUAGUCCAAUAGAUUUAGUAAAACAACAGCAUAUUGAAAAGGCUCUACGCAUGUAUGGGAGCUCUUCUUGUGUAACAUGGGCUAACUUCUUACUAAAGUUAAUCUUUCUUUGACAGGACAAUGGUCCAGGAAGCAGGAGUAGGUGGCAGUAUAUAAAUGCAACACUGAAGGGAGAAGCAAGUAAAAAAAAAUUAAAUCCUGCAUCUUGGCUUAUCAGGUUUACGACAGCAGUGCAAAUGAUAUCUGGCUAUAGUUUUAGGUUUUGAUUGAAGGUAAAUAUAAAUUAAAUAAUGCAAUUUGCCCUCACUAGGAGCACAUAGAACAUUCUGAGUUUGGGUUGUCUCUACAGCUUUAGGUACACUUAGAAAUUUCAGAAUAGCACCUUUAGAAACAAACCCAGAGCAUAAAAAGUAUCACAUUAGAGAUACCACUUGUAAGACAUGUGUAAAACAUGUUGUCUGUUUUCACAUAAACUUGCAUACAAGGGUAUAUUUCUCUAUUAUUCAAUAUUAAGAUGUAAUGUCUUACUCUUCUUGAAAAAGGAACAGCCAAGUUACACUAUAUGGCCUGACCAUCACACCCACAUGUGUUUUUUGAACAUCUCAUACCAGAUUUCAUGCCACUUUGUGUUUAUAAUAGCCUCCACUCUUCUGGGAAGGCUUGCCACUAGGUUUUGGAGCAUGGCUGUGGGAAUUUUAAUCAUUCAGCCAUUAGAGCAUUAGUAAGGUCAGGCACUGUUGUUUGGCAAAGUGGCCUGGGUUGCAGUCAGUGUUCCCAAUGUUUCUCAAAGGUGUUCAAUUGGGUUGAGGUCAGGGAUCUCUGCAGGAUACUUGAGUUCUUCCACUCCAACCUUUGCAAACCAUGUCCUCAUGAAGCUUGCUUUGUGUACAGGGGCGUUGCUGGAACAGAUGCUGGAACAGAUUUGUGUUUUUUAGUUCCAGUGAAUGGAAAUUUUAUAUUGUAAAACAUACACAGACACCUUAUACAACUCGGUGCUUCCAACUUUGAGGCAACAGUUUGGGGAAGGCUCGCAUAUGGGUGUGAUUGUCCACAAACCUUUGGCCAUAUAGUGUAAUUAGCUACUCUGAGUAGAUGAAAAUGAAUUGCUAGACUAUAAGCUAUGACACAAACCACCACUACCAGCGAACCAAGUCACCUUGGCAUAAUAUCAUACAUUUUUAUCAACUUGGCUAAUAUGCUAGCUGGCUAUGUUUACAGUAUUUAAAUAAUUCUGAACAAUGUAGCUAGCUAAUACUGGGUGCUGCUAGCUAGCUACCAUGAAUACUCUAACCAAUAAAGCUAAUAUGACAAAUGUUAACUUUGGGAAUAACAUCUGCUUGAGAAGCUGGGAACUUGAUUCUGUCUGGGAACAAUGUUGUUAUUAUAAAUGGAUAAAAUUUACGGUAUCAUUAAAUCUAUAUUAAGUAAACAUUUAAAUUGUUUGCAAAUUGCUGAGGCGUAAAAUGAAAAACGCACUUCAGCACAGGAUGCAACUGGAAAAUAAUCAACUUUGUGCUGGUAACAGUAAGUCAGUCUUACUGUAUCACUGCUUCAUGACAACACCCUGCUAUUGACACACAUUUUUUUCCAUCACUCUUCAUUAUAUUUCUGGUGUUUCCUUUUUGCUUUUUUUUUUUUUUUAAGCACAAAUGCAAAAAAAUUGCAUCGGAAUGAGUGGAAUGGAAAUUCCCUCAACAGACAAUUAUGCAUGUGUUAAGAUGCCAGUACAGAAAGCAGCAUUUACCUGCACAAACAACAUCUGAACCUACAUUUUAAGAAGAAAUAUAGAUGAGAGCUGUAGAUUAACAGGCCACUUCCUUGCUGUGAACAGCUUCUGAUUUGUAUCGGCACAACUAUUAGCAUCAGAGACCUGCUUUUGGUACGGUUCUGGGAAGUCUUAGGCGGUGUUCUCAUUCUGAAGAGAAUUUUAUCAGCAUCACUAUCAGUAUCCAUAUGUACAAUACAUGGGAUUUUAUAAAAUCAAGUGCUUAGAUUCAUGUAAUAACAAGAAAGGCUGCAAAUGGGAGCUUCAGAUUUCUUCCAUUUAAAACAGAGUCAACAGCAGAAACUCUAUUUAAUAAAACUGAUGUUGAUCAACGUCAUAAGAAAAAGGGUACAAGCCCUAUACUCUCACAUUCUGAGGAAAUGAAAGGAGUUUCUCAGUGUCAUUGUGAGUACGGCCUGAAACUUGAUUCAUACCAAAAAAUUUGAAAGAAUUCUUAUCUUGAAGGAAUUGAGUAAUACGAGUUGCAAAUAAU